AUGGGUCCAGGGAUAUGUCAUGGUUUAAUACAGAAGUCCACGACUGAAGCUAUUUGUGGUGACAUUCCUCACUCUGAGAAUGCUAAGGAGUACUUGGAGGUUGUGAGUCAAAAAUUUAAGGAAUCGAAGAAGGCUGAGACUGGGAAUUUGAUGAACAGGCUAGCUACAAUGAAGUAUGAUGGUGUGAAGGAUUUGGGAGUGUAUCUUCUAAGUAUGAUAGAGGUAGCUAGCAAAGGCCCUUGA